AUGGCCGACCAAGAAGUGGUCAAAUUGGGUCCGAGGAAUGAUAGUGUGUUGUAUUUGCAAAAAGAUGGCAAACACGUGUCUAUUGGUGCGUGGAACCAAAUAAAUAGAAUUCUGAAAGUGAGAAAAUAUCGGGAUUUUCGAGAUUUUAUUCCCGCUGAAAUUGUAGGCCACCUUCGUCAAGCCGGAUUUUACGAAGCCGCUUUAGCUGGGUCUCUGAAACUUGACAAAGUUUUAAUAUCAGCUAUGGUGGAGCGAUGGAGGCCUGAGACACACACGUUCCAUAUGCCGUUCGGAGAGUGUACUAUCACUCUGCAAGAUGUUGCUGUUCAUCUUGGCUUACCCAUUGAUGGGAAUCCUGUCACCGGAGUUACUUGGUGUGAUUGGUCUGAGCUUGUAGAGGACUUGCUCGGAGUGGUGCCACCCGCCAGUGCUAUCAAAGGAGGUGGCUUGAAGUUGGUUUGGCUAGCUGAGCAAUUUAAUUUUCAUAAUCUAGCCGGUGCCGACCCGAUACAAACUAUGUAUGCUGCAAGAGCAUACAUCUUGUGA